AUGCAUCCUAGUGCUCUUAUCGGUUUGCUGGUUUUCGCAGCCGCGGCUUCUGCUGCGCCGCCGAAGCGAUCGCACUCUGCGCAUUCGGCGAGAUCUAUCAAGAACUUCAAGAGCAAUAUCAAGAAUGUUGUUGUGCUGGAGAUGGAAAAUCGCUCGCUGGAUAAUAUUCUCGGUGGGCAGACUAUUAAGGGUCUGGAGAAUCCUAUUAACAAUGGGCCUUUCUGUAACCCUUACGACCUCAAUGACGCUUCCAAGGGCAAGGUGUGCAGUACCGCGAAGGACUUUGAUUCUAUUCUCGAUGACCCCGACCACUCGGUUACUGGCAACAACAUCGAGUUCUACGGCACCUUUACCCCCGACAAUGCCGAUAUCUCCAGCGGCAAAUUGACGCCUGCCCAGAAGGGUUUCGUGCACGAGCAGCUGCGCCAGUAUGGAGACGACACCAAUAAGACCGAGCUCGCGAUUCAGGUCCUGAACUACUAUACCGAGGAGCAGGUCCCGGUUUUGACCAGCUUGGUACAAAAUUACCUCACCUUUAAUCACUGGCACUCGGACCACCCCGGUCCUACCAACCCCAACCGCGCCUAUGUCCUCUCUGGCACAUCUGCAGGCCACGGCACAAACGACGAAGACUUCGACGCCGACAAACACCGCCUAACUCAACGCACAAUCUUCCAACAGCUCUCCGAAACAAACCACACCUGGAAAAACUACUACACAGACCCGGAUACCGGCAUGGUGGACGCGUGGUUCUUCGACUGGACCUUCAGCAGCGGCAACGACAAACUCGCCGUCCCCCUCGAAAACUUCUACACCGAUGCCGCAGCAGGCACUCUCCCCGAAUUCAGCUUCAUCGACCCCUCCUGCUGCGGCACCGGCACAACCUCAAUGCACCCGACCGGCCUGAUCUCCGACGGCGAGAAACUCAUCAAAGACGUCUAUGACGCGCUCCGCGCCAGCCCGCAGUGGAAUGAGACGCUGUUCGUCUUGACAUUUGAUGAGACAGGCGGCUUCCAUGACCACGUUCCGCCUCCUCUUGCGCCCCGUCCGGAUAAUUUGACCUACACUGAGACGGCACCGAAUGGGGAGAAGUAUACGUUUGAGUUUGAUAGGCUUGGUGGCCGGAUUCCGACGAUUCUGAUCUCGCCUUGGGUUGCGAAGGGGGUUGUUGAGCAGAAGGGUGUCAACUCGGAUGGGAAGACCGUUUCGUAUUCUGCUUCUUCGUUGUUGAGAACUCUGGGCUAUCUUUGGGAUUUUGAACCGUUUACGCCCCGUGUUGGUGGGGCUGCUUCGUUUGAGCAUUUGAUUCAGCGUGUUAAGCGGGAUACCCUGUCUGAGUUGCCUGAGCCGAAGGCUUUUAAGAGAGUUAAGGCUUAG